AAAAUGUGGUUGGAGAAUGACACUGUGAAGACCGAAUUCAUUCUCUUGGGAUUUAGUGACCAUCCAGAACUUCAGAGUGCUCUUUUUGUUGUGUUUUUUGCCAUUUACUCUGUGACCCUGAUGGGAAACCUGGGAAUGAUUCUGUUGAUCACAACUAGUUCCCACUUGCACACACCUAUGUACUUUUUCCUCUGCAUAUUAUCCUUCAUAGAUGCAUGCUAUUCCUCUGUCAUUGCCCCAAAAUUACUUGCAGAUUUGGUUUCUCUUAACAAAACCAUUUCUUACAAUGGUUGUGCUGCUCAGCUGUAUUUUUUCUGCUCUUUAGUGGACACUGAGUCUUUUCUCCUUGCUGCCAUGGCUUAUGACCGUUACAUCGCUAUCUGCAACCCACUGCUUUAUACCGUUAUUAUGUCUAAGAGGAUUUGUGGACAGCUUGCCCUUGGAGCUUUUUUGGGGGGCACCAUGAGUUCCAUAAUUCAUACCACAAAUACCUUCCAUUUGACUUUCUGUUCUAAAGAAAUUAAUCAUUUCUUUUGUGAUAUCUCCCCACUCUUUUCUUUGUCCUGCACUGACACUUAUGUAAAUGACAUUGUUCUAGUGGUCUUUGCUAGUUUGGUGGAAGCUAUCUGCCUUCUAACAGUUCUUCUCUCUUAUGUCUUCAUCAUAGCAGCAAUUCUUAAAACUGGUUCUGCAGAGGGCAGAAAAAAAGGGUUCUCCACCUGUGCUUCCCAUCUUAUUGUAGUUACAAUUUACCAUGGAACCCUCAUCUUCAUUUAUCUGCGUCCCAGCACAGGUCACUCACUAGAUAUUGACAAAGUGACCUCUGUGUUUUAUACACUGAUUAUACCCAUGUUGAACCCUUUAAUCUACAGUCUCAGAAACAAAGAUGUCAAAAAGGCCUUUAGAAAAAUGAUUGGUCAAAAACUGCUGGAUUAG